AUGCGCGACAAAGUGUCCGCGGAACUUGAUCGGCUGUGUGAAGCGGGAGUGCUCACACCGGUGACCCAUUCCGAAUGGGCGACACCUAUCGUGCCCGUCAUGAAGAAAGAUGGUACAGUAAGCAUAUGCGGCGAUUUCAAGGUUACGCUGAACCAAGUCUGUGACGUUGAACAAUAUCCUCUUCCGAAGAUUGAAGACAUGUUUGCGUCGCUUAGUGGAGCGGGGUGCUUUUCGAAAUUGGACUUACGCGACGCAUACCAGCAGAUUCCACUUGAUGAAGACUCACAGAAGAUCGCGGUAAUAAACACCCAUCGAGGCCUGUACAGCUACAAGUGUCUACCCUAUGGCAUCGUUUCUGCGCCAGCGAUCUUCCAGCGUCGGAUGGAAUCCUUGCUGAGAGAAAUUCCUGGAACGCAAGUCUUUCUCGAUGACAUCCUUAUUGGAGAACGGGAGGCGAACUUCGGACAAACCCUGCAUAAGGUUCUCCAGCGUCUACAGGACAACGGUGUUCGCCUGAGGGAGGACAAAUGUGAGUUUCACAUGUCGGAAAUUUUGUACUUGGGACAUCGCAUUGACAAAAGAGAACUUCAUCCCGAAGAAAAGAAGCUGAGAGCAAUAGUAGAAGCGCCAGCGCCGAAAGACGUGCAAGAAUUGAGAUCUUUCUUGGGACUGCUUACUUACUACCGCAGCUUCAUUCGUAACAUGUCCUCCUUGCUCACACCCUUGUACGACCUACUGAAAAAUAAUUCCGUCUGA